GCCACAUACCGAUCAAACGCUCUUGAAAAGUAUAAGCUCAGACUUGUAUUCUUCUUACUCUUCUUAUAAAGCAAAUUUUAAAGCGAAGGAUACCAAGAUAUCUUCGUUUCGCGGUAGAAGUAUGGUCAAGCUUUCGCCUGCCAUCAAACACUUGCUUACCCUUCACAAUCCGAAUCCUCUGCCAAGUCCAACUUCCACCAGACUCCGCCAGAUUCUCUCGAAUACAUACAGAGACGCACAGUCGCGCCAGGCUGAAACCGGCUGGCUCGUAUUGACGACAUGCACACUUCUUACGCUUAAUCGCCCUCCCACUCUGGCUCACUUCUAUCGUUUCAUAACCGACACCGAUGAGACCACAGGGAGUCGUAAAAGCAGCGUUCUGGAAGCUGUCAAUAAGGCUGCCCUCGUGCGAGAAUCUGCGCUGAAGAGCACAAUCUUCGUCGGCGUUCCUCGGGUCAUCUUAUCCCUGGCCGCAUUGAAUGAAGCAAUUGACGACGAGGUAAAGGCGGCCUUGAGGAAGGAUUCUCGCAGAAUUGCGACCGCCGAGAACAUUGAAUCGACCCUUGUGCGGGGUAAAGCUCUCUGGGAUGCGCUUUAUACACCUUAUGCCGAUAAACUACACGACAAAUUGGGCGGUUAUCAUCCAGAUUUCAUCUCUUUCAUCAUCCAGUGCUACGGUGCCGUGCUUUCCCCUCUUCCGGGAAGGGUGAAGGGGUACGCGGAGUCGAGCAGCAUCAAAGAUCCUGAUCAGGGAAAUCUUAGUCGUGCGCUCGGCUCCGUCGUAGGCAUCGCUUGUCUACGCGCAGAAGAACGCGUCGUUCCCCAGCUCACCAGCCAUGUCUUUGGCCUGCUGAAGGCUCGCAUUGUGGAGAACCAGAGCAAAGAAGACGCGUGGCUCUCCAGUGACGAGGGCACCGAAUGGGUUAUCCGUACCGUGGACACGAUUGUGGAUGGCGUAAAAUCAGAUGGCCACGAGUUCCACGAGAAAGUGAAAUUGUGAACAACGAGGGGAGGUCUUGUGAUUGGGGGCUGAUGGGAAUUUCGAUACAUGUACUCUGUACAAACCUCGGUUCUUGUUAUGUUUUGAUCGUAAACUGUUAUCCAAUCAUAGAGACUUGUCAGAGUACUCGAG